AUGCUGCGGGGCGCCGGCAAGCAACCAAGACACCCCGAACUCACGGUCGAGGUCAGGUCACCGAUGGCUCCGCAGCGUGCCGAUGCGGGGGUGCUCUACUACACGGGGAUCGGCCCUUGCGUGGUCAAGAACAGCUUCCUGCACUUCGCGGACGGCGAGGAGCAGCCGCCGUGCCUGUUCCGCCGCGAGAGGUCCGAGCCGUGCCUGCCCCAACCCAGGAUCGGCGAUGCGUGCCCCGCCUGCGACGAGCAAGCUCGGGGAGGCUGGCGAAGCGCCUGCCGGAGCCCAGGCGGCGACGCCCCCCUCGCGGAGCUGCCCGCCGCUGGCUCCGCGUCGGCGCCGCCGCGGGUGCAGGCGGAGCUGCCGGCCUCCGCGGGGCGCGCCGGGGGCUGGCCCGAGUGGGGCAGCGGCGUGGUCACCGUCAUGAUCCGGCAGCUCCCGCGCCAGUACACCCAGCUGAUGUUCCUGGAGGAGCUCAACCGCCGGGGCUUCGAGGGCCUCUUUGAUUUCGUGUACAUCCCGUUCGACGGCAAGAAGGAUGCCAACGUCGGAUAUGGCUUCGUGAACUUCACCGAGCUGGAGCACGCCGAGCGGUUUCGCAGCGAGUUCGAUGGAAUGUACUUGGCCCACCCGCUGAGGAACCACGGAAAGCCCUUGAGGAUCCACCCUGCUGCUAUGCAAGGGUACGAGGCGAACUACGACCACUUCGAGAAGUCGAAGGCCAGCCACAGCCAGGACAUGAAGCACGGCCCGCUCUUCCUGGACCCGGGUCUGGGCGCGGCCGCGCCUGCCGCGCGGCAGCCCGCGGAGGUGGGCACGGCGGAGGCACAGGUGCGGGACCGCUGCGCUGCUCUCCCUCCGCGCAGGGCGACCCGCCCGGGCGUGACCGCGCCGGGGCCGGCCUCGCGCCGCAGGCGGCGCUGA